AUGGGAGUUGAAGAAUUUUCGAUCCAUGUAUCAGAAAAUGAGCUUAAAGAUUUAAAGAGACGUUUGUCGAGCGCAAGAAUUCCAAAAAACGUGGAAAGAAAAAAUUGGGAUUUUGGAACAAAUGCAGAGUACCUAGCUGAAGUUAUAAAUUACUGGAAAAAUUCAUACGAUUGGAGAAAUAUAGAACAAAAACUCAAUGGUUUCCAUCACUUCCAAACAACGAUUUCCAACAUACGAAUCCACUACAUCCAUGAGAAAGGAAAAUCAGCCAAUAGUAUCCCUAUUAUUUUGACUCACGGGUGGCCAGACAGCUUUCUUAGAUAUACAAAGCUGAUUCCACUACUAACAGACCCUGAGAAAUUUGGAGUGAGCUCAGGAAUUUCAUUUGAUGUUGUUAUUCCUUCGCUUCCAGGUUUUGGUUUUUCUGAUUAUCCUGCAGGUGGUUCUAUAAACAAUGACACCAUUUCCGAUAUCUGGUUAGAACUCAUGAAAAAUAAGCUGGGAUAUGAUCGUUUUUUAGCAGCUGGUGGUGAUAUAGGCUCAGGUGUCACUAGGUACCUUGGCUUCAAAUAUCCUCAGAAUUUGAUUGGCAUUCAUUUAACCGAUGUUGGAAUUAUUCGAGAUUUGCUUAAUCAGUCCCAGUUACAAAGUUUCUCUUCAGAAGAACAGGAGUAUUGUAAAAUUGCAUCUGAUUGGCUUGAUAAAGAAGCAGGUUACAUGAAAAUACAGUCCACUAAGCCUCAAACUUUAGCUUUCGGACUCACUGAUUCGCCCGUUGGAUUGGCUGCAUGGAUUCUGGAAAAGUUUCAUUCUUGGAGAGACCUACAGACAAAUUUACCCCUCGACGAUAUUAUAACGAACAUCAUGAUUUAUUGGUUUGGAAAAAAUAUUUAUACGGCUACUCGUGUUUAUUAUGAAAAUAGCCAUUUUUUGAAUCCUAUCGGAACGAUAGAAGUGCCUACUGGAAUUUGUUUAUUUCCCAAAGACAUCUUAUUGCCACCACGAAAAUGGGUCGAAGCUCAUCUUAAUGUUGUCCAUUGGGGAAAUGUACAGAAAGGUGGACAUUUCACUUCUAUGGAAAAUCCAGAAGAAUAUGCGGCGGACUUAUUUCUUUUUUUAGAUAAGCUUAGGUAA